CUGAGCCACCCAGGCGCCCCAUAACAUAAGGUCUUGAUGUGCAAUUUUAUGUCCCACUUUUUCUACCUAAUUUAUCUUGUGUAUUUUUUCUGUUACAUAAAGAUCUUACAUACAUCAUUUUAACGGCUGCAGAAAAUUCAUUGUACGGCUGAAUCAUGAUUUACCCAACCAUUUCUCUUAGGUCAUCUCUGAAUUCUGGUUGUUAAAAUAACGCUGUGAUGGGUAUCACAUGCAUAAAACUUUGUAUUUUUAUCAUUCCUUAAGACAGAUUCUGUGGAGUAAAAUUCACGUGUCACAGCAGGAAAGAACGUUUUCAAGGCACUCAGUGCAUAUAAUGCCAAGUAACUUUGAGAAAAGCUGUGUCCCAGUGCCACUUGUACCCACAGUGUGUGGCGCCUGUCAUGGCUGCCUCACCGGCAUCGGGCGUACGUGUCGUUUCAGAUCUUUGCUAAUUUCACAGGUGCAAGUGGUCUUAUGUGUCUUAACCAAGAACUUUUUCUUAAAUGAGUAAAAAAUAAUGAGACAUAGGGCUAUGGAUUUAGUAGCAUUCUUUAUUAGUAGUAGAACCAUUACAAAUGUGACCAAGUUGGUUUUUGUACUGCAAUCUCUUGAAGUCAGCCUAUAACCAAAAUUUAAAUGUUACUUUUCUUUUUCCUGAGAUGGGUAAUUUUUAAGUUUCUGUAAUCUUGAAAAAUCAGUGCCAAGAGACAACACCGGGCUGCAAUUUUGACCAAAUGUUGCUAGCAUAAAUUCCCUGGCUUGAGACUUCCACUCUGUGGUUCUGUAAUAAACAUUGUCUGUAAUUAUUCAGCCAAGUCAUUUUAAACCCCUGUUCCUCAGUUCAGUCUCUUGCACCUCCCUUCCUCAUUGAGGGAGCAUAUGAAUAAAAGGGCCAUGUGAAAUAUUUGUCCCUUUUAAAUGGUAAGCAUAGGAUGAAGACUGGAUAAAAUAUGAUACGGGUUCCCGAUAUUUUUCUGGAUGCUUCCAAGUAACUUAAACAGAAAAUUGUACUUUGAGCUUCUCUAAGAAAGAUGCUCCUAGUAUGUAAAAGAAUACGAUUGGGGGUGGUCUUUAUAAAUUUGUAAGCUAACACUGGAAUUUCAGAACUCUAAAAAACAUUAACAGCAUGCACUUGUGUAAUUUAUUUUUCAACUGCAUACACCAGAGCGCUUUACUAACAAGUGUUGUUGUCUCUAGUUUGGACUGAUGGGGAAACUGAGGCAUUGGGUCAAUUAAGUGCCUGGCUGAAGGUUACAGAAUGAGUUAUUGACAACUCUGGAAGCUGAAGCGCUUUCUUAUUCCCAUACCAGAUACAGCAGGAGCAGUGGCAGUCAAAGCCUCUCAUGCUCUUUCCUUCCAGAUGGUUCAGUCCUGUUGCUCUGGCACUUGCCUCCAAGGAUGAGAAGGUAGUUAGGUUCCACAGCCUGUUCGGUCUUUAGUCUCUCUACAGAGUCUUCAACAAGCUAAAAAGUUACUGCCAACAAUGAGACAGGUGGUAGUUUUUGUGACACUGGCCCUACACAGAAACUAGUGAAACUCUCAGGCUGUUCUUUGAAGAGCUGUAAGAUGGUGUCAGCUUGGUCCUGGCUGACUGGGGUAGGAUUUGUGCGAGCAGAUGCAGUUAAGUGAUCUCUGUCGCGUUAUUGCUAGGGCUGUCUGGUCUUGGAGUAACCUGAAGGCGAAGGAUCAGGCUGUGCUCUGGAUUUGCAUGCCCCUAUUUUGAGGAAAUGCCCUCCGUGACCUUCCCUGCGUGUUGAGAUGCAAGUCUGGAGGUCUCAGAACUGCAAAUGAUACCUGAAGAAGCACCCAAAGGACGCUUGUAAUCCUUCUAUCAAGUCCCCCAGCCACGUCGUUAGGCCUGGAUGCCAGAAUGGGGGGCAUUCGUAAACAGAGACCUCCAAGACCUAGAGAAAGUGGGGAGACCAAAGGAGGAGAGGAGGGAGGUCUGAAUCCUGCCUUCGGGAAUGGAAGAGGUGAGCAGGAGGCUCAGGCACAGGAGUCAGGAACCGCAGACCUGAAGCACUGACUUUGAGAAAUUUGUUUCGUGUGGAUGACAAGAAGCUGUUGAUCCGUUAAUGUUAAAAGAAUUUGAAAAUGUUAAAAUACUAAAUGAAUUAAAUGACUGAUUUCAAGGGAAGGGCAUCCCCUAAGAAAUAGCAUAGGAAGUGGCAUCUUUAACCGAAAAGGAAAAGAAACUGACUGCAACGCAGGGACUGUGGAGUGGUUAUGAGGGAUAUGGGAACAGCCAAGAUGGUCCCAGAGGUAUAACUUCUGAGAGGCUUUAACACCUGUUACCCACUCAUAGUGCCAUUUUAGAGUCUGUUAUGUUCUGAACCCACACAUGUUUUCGGAAGGACCAGAUGGCUGACACUGGCUAAUGGGAACCAAAAGACAAGAGUGAAAGUAACCUGGUUGUCACAUACCCCAAGCUUAGAGGUGCCUCACCUUGCCCCAAGAUCAGUUUCUUUUUCUCUCUGGAGACUUUAACCCACUUAACCAAAACCUUGAAUACAACCUGGCUUAUCUGAAGUUAGAUUAUCAAGUCAAGCAGCAGCAUUUGUUAAAUGAAAGGGUUGUACUCAGGACUGUGCGAGAGAAGAAGUAUCUGCCUUUACAAAGGCAGUGUAACCUGGUAGUUUAGAACUUGAGUCUGGAGUCAGAUGGAUCUGGAUUCAGAUCCAGCCACACCACUUAUGAGCUCCUUCGCAGUGAACAGUAGCUUAGUCUCUCCAAGCCUCAGUCUUCUCAUUUGUGAGAUGGGAAUAAUCAUAAUAAUAGUACAUUCUUCACAUACAAUAUGAGGAAUGAAUGGAAUAUUAUGGAUAAAUUAUUUACUGUGUGCCAGGCACUACACUAAAUAUUAGUCUUUGUUAUUAAAGAGCACAUAAUCAAAUGAGAGGAUCAGCACAAAGAAAAAAGAGCAAGGCCUUGAAAGGCCAUAGAAACAUUGUCACGUAAAACAUAAAAUGGAAUAGAAGUGCCAAAGCUAAAGAAGGUGCUCAGAUGAUUAGUCAGGCAAGUGUGUGAGACUUCGUAAAAGAGAGAAUUCUCAAGUCUAUGGAAGAAGAUUGUUUGCUUCGCCUUGUGUAAUCAAGGCACUUGGGUUUGGAGAAUGAUGGAAACAAAUUUCUUUAGGAGUCAUCCUAGACCUCUGAGCAAAAGAAUAAUCUAGGAGCUGGCUUUCCCUGCUGCACCCAAAGAGACAAGUUGCCUAAGUUAAGAGUAGCCAUAUCCUGGAACUAAGGAAGCCCAUCAGACAGGCAGAAGACGGCCUUGGGGGGCCCGGCAGAUGAGAGAACUAGGGCCAGGCCGAACGGGCAGCCAGAGAGGACUCGUCAGGGGUGAUGCCGAGUGCUGGGAGGAGACUAGUGCUCAGGGGCUCCAGGAGAGAGACCUCAUGAGGUAGGUUUUCUUCUUUGAAGGUGGGGAAAGAUCAAGUGCAGACUGAGCUGUGGCCAGCGCUUACAGACCAGGAGUCCACACUAGCUCUACUCAGAGAGCUCUUGGUGCGCGGGAGCUGCCAGUUUGCCGACGGGAACAGAGCCCCAGGCUGGGCACUGGUGAGCCCUGAAGCCGCCCCCCAGCUCUGCCACUCGGGGAGCACGGGUAAGUCAUCCGCCUUCUCCAGGCCGCCCUGAUGGCCAGAAUGCCCAGAGCAGCCUCCUUCCUGUCUCAGGAUAGGAAAGGGCCGCAGGAACCUACUUCAUGGGGUAGGAGCUCCUAGCCGCGGGUCGUGAACAGCCCUCUGUGACCGGAAAAGUCAAACUGCAGCCAUGGUCAGUGGCCCAGAGCGGUGAGUGUGACGCUGGCUGAUUCUGCUUUGAGGGCCUGACCACUGCUUCCCUGGAAUGUUGCAGGCCUCUGGAAUUGGAGCAGUGGCCGUUCUCACUUGCAGGCUUUUCUCUGAGUUGGCCUCACCUGAGCAGUAGAGAACAGUCGCAGAAGUGUCUUUCUGCACUUUUCCAAGCAUUUUAUGCAGACAGCGAGGAUUACUGCUGUUAUUACUAUCCUGUCAACAUGUCCUAACUUUUUUCACCUCAUAGGACCAAGUUGACUGAAGCGUAGGACCAACACUGAGUACUUUGAAAGAGCUGUUUGAUUCCUGUUCACUGAAUGCCAUUUCUUUCAGGGUAGAUUUAAGGGCUCUGCCCUUAAAGAACAGUGCUAUUGACCCUAGUUUGAGGGUUCAAGCCACCCCAUGGGUUAACUUCAACAGAUGAAAAUUUUUCCUUGGCUACAGCAACAUCCCUAAUCCUGACCAGCCAUGGAGAGGUUCGGUUCUUACAAGGAAAAUGAGUGAAUGUGGGAAUGGCUCACCACAUUGGGAAAACAAAACUCACAUCCUGCUGAUGGUUGGCUGAGGACUGUCAUGUCCACAUACAAAGAAAAGCAUGUGGCACAGUUGUAGGACAAAGAUAUGGGUUUGUGGAGUUUGAUGAUCUGCGUGAUGCAGAUGAUGCUGUUUAUGAACUAAAUGGCAAAGACCUUUGUGGUGAGCGAGUAAUUGUUGAGCAUGCCCGCGGCCCACGUCGAGAUGGCAGUUACGGUUCUGGACGCAAAUCCUUUGAGGCUAAGAUGACUGCCUGUUCCAUUUGCUGACCUUGGGUUACCUUUCCAUGCGUGGCUCUUUGAACCAUUGUGGCCCUUGGCUGACCAAAACAGGAAGCCAUGUGACGACCGCAACCUUUCCCCAUUAGACCUGGGUGGUGAGGAUCCCAAGGGUUAGACACAGAUGAGAUUAAACUGAAAUAGGUGCCUGAAAAUCUUUUUUUCGUAUAAAAUAUUCACAAAAACUUUAAUCACUGUGAGUAACACCAGUAACUGAUGUAGUAAUUUGGUUACUUAUUUCUAAAUUGUUAAAUUGUUAAUAGUUUUAAUUUAUGCAUGUUAAUUUUAAAUAUAAUAUUAAUGAAUAUAUAUACUUACCAUUUUGUAAAUUAAAUUAAAUUUCAUGUUUAGUUGAUUGCUUUUUUUAAAAAAUCUAGUUUAGAAUUAAGGGGUGGGGAUUGAACUAAAAUAUCUGUGCUGUGGGGGUGGGGUAAGUGGUACACUUAAGGGGAAUAUGUGCUGUGUCACUUUUUCCUUUUCCUCCACUGAAGUAAUGUUAUCUGUUUGAACCUUCCAAAGGUGGAUAUGGUUAUAGAAGAAGUGGCCGCGAUAAAUAUGGCCCUCCCACCCGUACAGAAUACAGACUUAUUGUGGAGAAUUUGUCAAGUCGGUGCAGCUGGCAAGACCUAAAGGAUUACAUGCGUCAGGCAGGAGAAGUGACCUAUGCAGAUGCUCACAAGGGACGCAAAAAUGAAGGGGUGAUUGAAUUUGUGUCUUAUUCUGAUAUGAAAAGAGCUUUGGAAAAGUUAGAUGGAACUGAAGUCAAUGGCAGAAAAAUCAGAUUAGUUGAAGACAAGCCGGGUUCUCGACGACGCCGGUCCUAUUCCAGGAGCCGGAGCCACUCAAGGUCUCGUUCUCGAAGCAGACAUUCUCGUAAGAGCAGGAGCCGGAGCGGCAGCAGCAAGAGCAGCCACUCGAAGAGCAGAUCGCGGUCCAGGUCAGGCUCCCGUUCCCGCAGCCAGAGCCGCAGCCGCAGCCAGAGCCGCGGCCGCAGCCGGAAGGAGAAGAGCCGGAGCCCCAGCAAGGGUGACAAGAGCCGCAGCCGCAGCCGCAGCGCUGACAAGCGCCGCAGCAAGAGUGACGACCAGGCCGGGGACAAGAUCCAGAACAGCGAUAGCGCCGGGAAGCCCAAGAGCCGGAGCCCCAGUCGGCACAAGAGCCAGAGCCGGAGCCGGAGCCGGAGUCAGGAGAGGCGCGCAGAGGAGAAGCGGGCGAGCGGGAGCAGGAGCAGGAGCGAGGAGAAGAGCCGCAGCCAGGAGGAGGGGCCGCGCCGCAGCCGCAGCCGCAGCCGCAGUCAGGACAAGCGGAAGGGAAGGAAGAGGAGCCGGGAGGGCAGCCGCAGCCGCAGCCGUAGCCGCAGCCGCAGCCGCAGCAAGAGCGAGAGGAGCAGAAAGCGCGGCGGCAAGCGCGACAGCAAGUCCAGCGGCGGCAGCAAGAAGAAGAAGAAGGAGGACGCUGAGCGCUCGCAGUCCCGGUCGCGGUCCCGCUCAGCGUCCAAGGAGCGGGAGCACGCCAAGGCCGAGGCCGGCCAGAGGGAGGGCCGAGGGGAGAGUGCGGAUGCCGGCACCCAUCAGGAGACCCGGUCCAGGUCGAGGUCCAAUUCCAAGUCCAAACCCAACCCUCCGUCAGAGUCGCGCUCCAGAUCAAAGUCUGCUUCAAAAACCCGCUCUCGGUCCAAGUCCAGAUCCAGGUCUGCAUCCAGAUCGCCGUCUCGGUCUAGAUCCAGGUCCCACUCGCGGUCCUAACUGGCUACGAGCACAGCUGGAACUCCCCGAGACGUCUUUUGUACAUGUUUGGUAGCCGUAGCACAAGUGAUCCAAGUAGAACAUAUGUCACUGCUGUACAUUUUUAACUCCCCUAAUGGUGUGUCUACAAUUGUUCAAUCUAAGUGCUUCCUCUCCGUAAAGCCUCCUGGCUCCAGGCCUUCCUGCUCGACUGAAAACAAUCUUCUCUUUGAAAACCCCCUUUACUCAUGGCCCACAGUAGAAUAUCCAAACCGCCGCGGCCCUCAGCCUGGCCUUUCCUACAGGGAGCUCAGUACCUGGACGGCUUUCAGGCUGGAAUGCUGACAUAGGUAGGUACGGUGAGUUCAGCCAUUUUUGCCCUCGAAUUGAUGCCCUUUGAUGUUUGCCAUUUAGUGAAAGUGCGAAGUCUUAAGUUUCCUACCACUUUGGUUUCAUACUUUUGGACUUAACAAAGUUGUGAAUAGCACAGUCGAGGAAAAUUGAUACCUGCAGUAACCCAUAGGAAAUAAACUGUAGAGUUCCAUAUUCUGGUAUUGUGAUUAUAUUGUUUUAUAUUAAAAAAGAAAAGAAAAGAAUUUUUUUUAAUUUUAUUUUUCCCCGUCUUGCAAAGUAUAGUGACCCCUGUUUCCAUUAAAUUUGAAUAAAGACUAUUUUUGCUUGA